AUGUCUACCGACGAUCUUCUUCCUACAAAGUCGUCUUCAUCAUCACCCACACCCAUCAUAACCGAUUUAUACACAAUCCAUCAUUCCGAUAGUCCUUCUACUAUCCUUGUCACACCUUUGUUGACAGGAGAUAAUUACGGAUCAUGGAGUCGUGCAGUCACAAUGGCACUUCGUGCCAAAAAUAAGCUUGGUUUCGUUGAUGGGUCACUCCCAAUUCCGACAGAGAAAUCUGACAUUUCUAAUUGGGAACGUUGUAACGAUUUGGUAGGAAGUUGGAUCCUUAAUUCUGUUUCACCUGAGAUCCGUCCAAGUAUCUUGUAUGCUGAAACUGCAGCACAAAUUUGGACCGAUCUCAAGGAUCGUUUUUCUCAAUCAAAUGCUCCAAAAAUCUAUCAAUUGAAACAAUCAAUUUCUUCUCUCAAACAAGAAAGCAUGUCUGUUUCAUUGUAUUUUACGCAACUCAAAUCUCUAUGGGAUGAACUCGGUUCCAUUAUCCAUAUCACUCCUUGCAUUUGUGAAGAAAAGCAACAAGAGAUCAAUAUUCUCACAACUCCUACUGUUGAUGCCGCUGCACUUCAAGCAUCUAAACCUCCAUUUCGUCCGUCGGGAAAACGUCAACGUCCAUUUUGCGACCAUUGCAACAAACAUGGUCAUACUCUUGCUACAUGCUAUCAACUUCAUGGCUUUCCCGACAAACAUGUGAAGAAAUCCGUGCCACCACCAUCCAACUCCACUCUUAUGGCUAGUUCACUCACGCACGAACAAUACAACAAGCUUCUCACACUUCUUGCCAAAGAAGAAACUAGUGGACCCUCAGUGCACUUAGCAGGACCAAUCAACGAAGAAGACGAUUGGUCGGGGUAA